ACCCCCUUCGUACAUUCAUUCUGCUCAAGCUUUCUGCUCGCCCCCCCCGCAUACCAGUAUCGGUACGGUGGUACUCGAGUACGCAUCUUAACUUUACUGAUACCUUUUUUUUUUCAACAAUUUUGGCCGUACGUCAGGGAGGUGUGCGGCAUUGAUGAUCAUACUUAUCUUAUCUCCCCCCUGGGGCGAAAUCCAUCAAGAUCAGGAUCACCAUCGUCAUCAAACCACCUGCCGUCAAACAUCACCCCACACGAACGUCUCGAGUUUCUUCCGUAGAACUUAGCCCUCCCCCCUCCCCCACUCUCCCGCUUGCGCCGAUUUACCUGUUUUAUUUUUUCUCUACCAUUUUUGCCAUCUAGAUAUUUUUCGUUAUGCCUCUCACGUUAACUCGUACUUUGGUUCUUUUGCUCUCUUUAUUAUCCCUGUUUUGUCUGUUUCUCUUUGCUUCCUUAACGAAUCUCUCACCCGCUCCAUCCGCUAGCCGAAAUCGUCAGUCCGCUACAAAUUUCCUGUUUCCGUCGACAGCAAUAAUAUCGCUCAGCGAUGACAAUUCUACCUUUUUCCUCUCUCGGCCUGCAGCCUUCGGUCCCUCGUUGCCCAAGUCCGGACUCAAAGGGGAGUUGUUUGUGCUUGAGGAAGGGCAGCUGGCCUGCGAUGAUACACCCGGCUGGGAUCCAUCUUCCACGCCGCCCCUAUCGGUGGCUGAGGAGGACGGUACCGAUGAUUUUGACUACGCUCCGGAGUCGUUGGCUGCCACCGUUACAAAGCCUGGAGGUGCCCAUGCCGAUAUUGAGAGUUUACAGCAGAGCGCGGAGAUAGAGGGGAAAAUUGUUCUUGUUGCUCGGGGCGGUUGCGGAUUCUUGGAAAAAGUGCUGUGGGCUCAACGACGGGGUGGGGUGGCUUUGAUUGUCGCGGACUACAAGCGAUCUGGGGGCACUAUCGGUGGGGGGAGCUUGGUAACUAUGUAUGCUAAGGGUAGGAGGAUAAUCUGCCUUUGUUGAGAUUUGAGGAAUCAUCGCAUGGCGCGGGGGCAAUAUUUUUGGUGGCCAACUGCUGAUAGGUACGAUCGGUGAAUUAGGCGACACGAGCAACAUUACUAUUCCGUCGAUUUUCACUACAUAUACUACCGCGAAACUAUUGACGACAUUACUCCCUAAGCAUGUAUCGCUACCGCUGAGGAGGCCCAACACUCAGGGCCCGGUGGCGGGGCCCGAAUCGAAGGGUGGGGAAGAGAAAAAGAGUGAGGAGGAGAAAGCUGGACCCAGGGUUAAGUGGCCGUUGGAGAGGAGGAACCGAGCUCCCCCGGAGCUUCAGCCAGCCGGUACAGCCGCAAAAUCUAGAAAGACCACCAUCACUGCACCUGUCGGGAGCACAGCUACUCCAACAUCGCCUUCUGCGGGCUCUGAUAUUCAGGUGGAUUCGUCACGCAGACCUCCUAUGUCUGGUGAAUUGGAUGGUGUGGUGCUUGUGGUCGACCCGGAUGAAGAAAAACCUGAGGACGGGAACGGUGAUGAGGAUAGUGACAAGGAUGGUGAUAUUGAAAAGGAUGGCCUCUGGAUUACUCUCACACCAACCUCCAUGAGUUCUUCGCCAUUUUUUGACACUUUAUUGGUGUUGGUGAUUAGUCCAUUAGUUACCUUAACCAUUGUCUAUGGUGAGUGCUUGCCUAGUUCAUUUUACUGCGUAAACUUUGCUCUGAUCUACCAAUAGCUUUGCUUCUUGCUCGCUCUGUGAUUAGGAGAAGAAGAUGGAGGGCCCCUAAAAGCGUAGUUGAAAGGCUUCCUGUGAGGACCUAUCAAUCAACCCCAUCAACACCAGCACCCCCUCCCCCUCGGAGGCCGUCGUCGCUUCCCGCACGGAAUAACCGCGAGCGAAAUGUCAGCAAUGCUAGCAGCAGUCGAAGCGUAUCUGCUCCUAGUGCGCCAGAAAAACAGAACAAGGAAUACAUCCAUCAAUCUCCCCCACGCUCGGGCUACCAAGGAGGUUCAGUGGAAUGUGUUGUCUGUCUUGAGGAAUACGUCGAUGGUGUUAGCAGGGUCAUGAGAUUACCCUGUGGCCAUGAGUUCCAUGCUAGUUGCAUGUGUGUUUCCCUUUAUUCUAUAUAAAAUGGGUCGGACUAAUCAAGGUAUUAGAACACCAUGGCUUACUACAAGACGGAGGACAUGCCCUAUCUGCAAGGGGGAUGUGGUGAGAGGUGCUGCGGCAGGCGGUCCGGGACCGAGCUGGGGCCGGCAUAGUGAUGUUGGCGAGGCUUCAGAGCGGACACCGCUUGUGAUAGGGGAUGAGGAGGCCUAGAGGCCUGGGGUUUGUGUUUUCUUUACCGGCUUUCUAUUGCCUUUGCUUGCGGUGCAUGGCUUGUUGGUUGCGGGAUUCUUUCCCUUUGCGGCGCCGGGUUGGGUGACUUGUAAAUGGAAACUCGAGCGCCGUUAUUCACUGGGACGUGGAUUGUCGCUCGAUGUGUGGAUUUGGUAGCAGUAACUGGGGAAGGCUAAUGCAUAUUACCUGGUGAAAUAGAGCGUCAGAUAGUGAUU